CCCAUCCCUUGUACCUGUGCAAUGCCAGUGAUGACGACAACCUGGAGCCUGGAUUCAUCAGCAUCGUCAAGCUGGAGAGUCCUCGACGGGCCCCUCGGCCCUGCCUGUCACUGGCCAGCAAGGCCCGGAUGGCGGGUGAGCGAGGAGCCAGUGCUGUCCUCUUUGACAUCACUGAGGAUCGAGCUGCUGCUGAGCAGCUACAGCAACCCCUGGGGCUGGCCUGGCCAGUGGUGCUGAUCUGGGGUAAUGAUGCUGAGAAGCUGAUGGAGUUCGUGUACAAGAACCGCAAGGCCCACGUGAGGAUUGAACUGAAGGAGCCUCCAGCCUGGCCAGAUUAUGAUGUGUGGAUACUCCUGACAGUGGUGGGCACCAUCUUUGUGAUCAUCCUGGCUUCAGUGCUGCGGAUCAGGUGCCGCCCUCGCCAUAGCAGGCCGGACCCUCUUCAGCAGCGCACGGCCUGGGCCAUCAGCCAGCUGGCCACCAGGAGGUACCGGACCAGCUGCAGGAGGGCUCGGGCUGAGCAGACUGAUUCAGUCAGUAGCUGUAGCUCUGCCCCCAUGUGUGCCAUCUGCCUGGAGGAAUUCUCUGAGGGGCAGGAACUACGGGUCAUUUCCUGCCUCCAUGAGUUCCAUCGUACCUGUGUGGACCCCUGGCUACAUCAGCAUCGGACCUGUCCCCUCUGCAUGUUCAACAUCAUAGAGGGAGAUUCAUUCUCCCAGGCCUUGGGACCAUCUCAAUCUUAUCAGGAACCAGGCAGGAGACUCCAUCUCAUUCGCCAGCAUCCAGGCCAUGCUUACUACCACCUCCCUCCUGCCUACCUGUUGGGCCCUCCCCGGAAUUCAGCGGCCCGGCCCCCACGACCUAGACCCUUCUUACCAUCCCAGGAGCCAAGCAUGGGCCCUCGACAUCAACGCCUCUCCAGGGCUCCGCAUGCCCAGGCUCCCUGCGAGCAGCCGCAUCUGGCAGUGACCCAGCACCCCUAUGCACAGGGCUGGGGCCUGAGCCGACUGCAGUGCCCUUCUCAGCAUCCCACAGCCUGCCCCGUGCCCCUGCGCAGGGCCAGGCCUCACGACAGCAGUGGGUCUGGAGAAAGCUACUGCACAGAACGCAGUGGCUACCUGGCCGAUGGGCCAGCCAGUGACUCCAGCUCCGGGCCCUGCCAUGGUUCCUCCAGUGACUCAGUGGUCAACUGCACGGACAUCAGCCUACAGGGCAUCCAUGGCAGCAGCUCCACCUUCCGCAGCUCCCUGAGCAGCGACUUUGACCCCUUGGUAUACUGUGGCCAUGAAGGGGAUCUGCCAGGCAAGGGGAGGCACCCAACUGUGGCCUCUAGACCCCGUUCUCUGGACUCAGUGGUGCCCACAGGAGAAACUCAGGUUUCCAGCCAUAUCCACUACCACCGGCACCGGCAUCACCACUACAAAAAGAGGUUCCAGUGGCAUGGCAGGAAGCCUGGACCAGAAACUGGGGUCCCCCAGUCUAGGCCUGUUUCUCGGACACAGACACAGCCUGAGCCACCUUUGUCUGGUCAACAAAUCAGCAGACCCGACCUAGCAACCCCAUCAAGCCAGCUCCCCAACCCGCCACGGCUCAGAGCCCUUACAGAGCCAGCCCCUGGAGCCGCCGGAGCCACCGAAGCCACCGAACCUGGCAGACCUGGCAACUUGCAACCCAGCAGCCUUUGCAACUUGCAGAAAUCUAGCCUCCCCGCACGACAUCCACAGAGGAAACGGCAAGGGGGUCCCUCAGAGCCCAGGCCAGCCUCUCGGCCCCAGGAUUUGACUAUGCACCCAGUUUGUCAGAUCUCCCCACCUUACAGCCCCAGCUUGGCAUACCCUUGGCCCCCAGAAGCCCACCCACUAAUCUUCAGACCUCCAGGCAUGGAUAGGAAGCUGCUAUCAGAAGCCCCAGACUCCGGCUACCCAAGCUCACAGCCAGUGUGGUUAUGUCUGACUUCACGCCGGCCCCUAGGACCAGAAAGGCCAGGGGAAGGGCCUUCUGAAUGGAGUUUUGGUACUCCAGAGGGCAGGCCGUGCCCUUACCCACACUGCCAGGUGCUACCAGCCCAACCUGGCUCGGAGGAGGAGCUCGAGGAGCUGUGUGAACAGGCUGUGUGAGAUGUUCCAGCCAACUCAGAGUGUGCUUCAGAUGACUCAGGGCCCUACCUGGCACAGAGUCUUGUUCCUGGGAGAAGAAAGGACCUCAGCAAACACCCUCUUUUUGCCAUACUUCCUGGAAUCAUUGGAAGGGGAAUGGCAAUGGUGGGUGGUGGGAAGUGCUGUUUCCUGCUCACUGCUCCAGACCUUGUCUGCAGAACACACCUGCUGUGCAGCAAGUCUGUGCCUAUCCACACAACCAGCUUUUGCCUGUGUGUAUUUGUGAGCUGGAUUCCUGAAGGCUGAGUUUUUUUCCCAAGGGUAGGAAGUUAGGUGGAUAGCUAGGUUUUACAGAGGUGCUGCUCCUACCCCCAACCUCUAGGCAGGACUUCCUGGUUUGCCUCAUACUCAUUCCAGCCAAUGGGUUCAUGACCCGUCUCACUAUCUUCCUUGGGUGAGCUGCACAUACUAGCCUCAGCUUUGCCCUGCGAAGGCUGCUGUUAUCAGGAGUAACUCCAUUCAGGCUCUAUUUUCCUUUUUUGUACAAGGACUAGCCUGUUGCAAAGGUUGACCCCUUUAAGAGAUGAAGUGGAGAUCCUCUGCACCUUCUCCAGGUAAUGCCUGCCUGUCCUGGUGCAUGAAGGAGAAUGGUUUCCCCUUCUUGUUCUUGGCAGCUUUGUGAAAGUAAGUUAGAAAGGAAACUCUGGAAAGCCAAGAUGGGAAGUUCUGUCCCUGAAGUGGGGACCGGAAUCUUGACAAAUCUAGGAUGAAGCCUCUGAUCUUCAGGAUGCUUGUCACUCCAUCAGCCCCAGUUCCUCUAAGAUAGAGAAAAAGGAGGGUGGGAAUAACUCUUCCUUGAUGAACUGCUGUCCUAAAAUCCCAAAGGAAGCAUAAAGAUCAUUUCUGCUGGAUUUCAUUAGGGGGAAAAAAGGAUGGAAUGAAAAUGGCAAAGGUAAAAUUAUAGCUGAGCAAGGACAACAAAGGUUUAUUCUCCCUCAGAGCAGGGAUGAGAGACAGCAAAGUGUGGCUCAUUAGAUUUGCAGGACCCACAGGCCCAGCUUCUUAGUAUAAGCCAUACAAACCAGGAACCCAGUAGAAGAUGUGUACACACAGGGGAUUUGGAACAGGAAGUUGGCCUGGGCAGCUUGUACCAAGUGUGUACCAUAUGAGGGGCCUCUUUAAGCCCUUCACUCCAGGGCAUCCUGACCACUGCUAGCCCCUCAGGCAUUAUCUUUGCCUGGAAUGUGAAUGUGGGGGGGCAAGGUGGGCAUGGGCCUCUACUUGAGAACCUUCUUCCCUCAAAGUUAGUGGGGAGACUAGCACCUAGGCACCCACAUGGGUAUUUAUAUCUGAACCAGACAGAAAGAUGCUUGAAUCAGGCACUAUGUUGAGAAAUGUAUUUAUUUGCUAAUAUAUUUAUCCAUA